AUGUCAGCAUUUUCGAGUGAAGACCUAGCAACCAACCUUAAGGACUUGGAUCUACAUGGGGAAGAGAAACCUCUUCAACGCAGCCUUGGCCUCAACUGGGAUGUAAACAACGAUGCCUUUCUAUUCCAACUGUCUACGGACAUCAAACCUGUCACAAGAAGAGGUUUACUUUCAACAGUGAAUGGUAUUUUUGACCCUCUAGGCUUUCUAGCCCCAGUGACGAUCUAUGGUAAACUGCUUCUCAGGGAACUCAUCGCACAGACUCAAAACUGGGAUGAGCCACUUCCUGAUGAUCUAGCAUCCCUCUGGAAUUCCUGGAAGUGUUCCCUUAAUGUACUUGAGGAUUUGAGAAUUCAACGUACGUAUGUUACAGAUCUAAGCAGAGCUGUGACAAAGGAACUUCACGUGUUCAGCGACGUCUCGGAAAAGGCUAUAGCAGCCGUCACCUACCUACGUACUACAGACAGCGAAGGACAAGUCAAGCUUGGAUUUGUUCUAGGCAAAGCCAAAGUCGCACCCAUUAGUGGACACACUAUUCCACGACUGGAAUUGUGCGCAUCGGUGUUAGCAGUGGAAAUAGCUCAGCUUGCCCUGGAACACCUGAACCUACAUAUCGACUGUGUGAUGUAUUAUACCGACAGCAAGGUAGUUUUAGGCUACAUUUGCAAUGAAUCCAGAAGAUUCUACACCUACGUCGCCAAUAGAGUGGAACGUAUCAGGAAGCUCACUACCCCUAGCCAGUGGAAUUAUGUUCCCACCGAUCGUAACCCAGCAGACCUUGCAACAAGAUGUUUACCUGCAGUUGAACUUCAAGACAGCUCUUGGCUACAAGGACCAAAACAACUAAUGUUGAAAAAAGAGCAACAGUAUGAUGGGAAUGAACAUUUACUCAUCGCUCCGGAUACAGACAAAGAAAUCCGUCCAGUUGUUUCGUCAAUGAAAACCCGCACAUUAGACAAAAUCAGUAGUCAACCAGAAAGUGUGACUGAUCGAUUUCAGCGAUUUAGUGAUUGGAAAAGACUCAUUUCUGCUAUGAACUAUCUUAGGUACUUACUUUUUAAGUUCAAAGGUCAAGACAUUGAUUCAAAGGCAGUGAUUGAUAGGCACCAGGAGACAGAACACUAUGUCAUCAAAGCAGUGCAGUCUGAAGUCUACUAUGAGGAGAUUGACUGUAUUCGACGCCAUGAGCCUCUCCCUAGGAAAAGCCCAAUAGCUAACCUUAACCCAUUCCUGGACGAACAAGAACUACUUAGAGUCGGAGGCCGUAUAGGGAAUUCAAGCUUGAGCCUUAGGGAGAAGAAACCUUUGAUCAUACCUGGACGCCAUCACAUAGCCACCCUUAUAGUUCGACACAACCACGAGAAGGUUCAGCACCAAGGACGCCACUUCACCGAAGGAGCCAUUAGGGCUGCAGGGCUCUGGAUAAUCGGUGCUAAACGGCAUGUGUCUUCCGUCAUUUAUAAGUGUGUGACAUGUCGAAAACUGAGAGGGAAGAUGCAGUGUCAGAUUAUGGCUGACUUGCCAGCGGACUGUCUAGACCCAUCACCACCCUUUACCAAUGUAGGUGUGGAUGCGUUCGGACCUUGGUCUAUUGUUACACGUAAGACCCGAGGAGGCAGCGCAAAUUCAAAGCGGUGGGGAAUACUGUUUACCUGCUUAGUUACCAGAGCAGUACACAUUGAAGUAGUGGAAGAGAUGAGUUCAUCUGCUUUCAUCAACGCCGUCAGGAGAUUCACCGCUAUACGGGGUCCGGUUAAAACAUUUCGUUCUGAUCAAGGCACCAAUUUUGUUGGGGCUGUGGACCACUUGCGCAUUGAUGCCAUAUAUGUUGAUGAUGAACCCUUGAAGAAGUAUCUUCACAACUCUGGUACCGUAUGGAUUUUUAACCCUCCUCAUGCCUCUCACAUGGGUGGGGCAUGGGAGAGGAUGAUAGGGAUCACCCGCAGGAUACUCGACUCCAUGCUGAUUGGUGCCAGUGGAAAGACAUUAACUCACGAUGUCCUGAACACAUUCAUGGCGGAGGUUGCUGCCAUCAUUAACUCCAGGCCACUCGUCCCAGUCUCCACUGAUCCGGAUUUUCCACUGAUACUCACCCCAGCGAUGUUGCUAACCCAGAAGACUGAGUAUAAAUUCGAGGCCAAUUCCCUGGGAGAAUUCCAAGAUCGAGACAUGUUUAAAUGUGAAUGGAAACGUGUCCAAGCUUUGGCAAGUGUGUUUUGGGCACGUUGGAAGAAAGAGUAUCUUCCAUUACUACAGAGUCGCCGGAAAUGGACAGAGAGUCGACGGGAUAUUACCGAAGGAGAUGUGGUUCUCAUCAAAGACAAGACUGUGAAUCAGAACUGUUGGCCUCUGGGUAUAGUCGUCAAGGUCUUCAAGAGUUCCGACAACCACGUUCGAAAAGCCGAAAUUCGCACCAUAGUGAAUGAGAAGCCCACUGUUUAUGUCAGACCAGUGGUUGAUAUGAUUCUUCUCCUUGAAAGCGAUUCAUGUGUGUAG